AUGCCGGACGCGGAGCGCGGCGCGCGGCGUGGAAGCGCAGACCAUGAGGCCCAGACGGACCUCGUAUACCUACACUCGUACAUGGACCGCGCACGCGCGUGCACGCGCCGCGCUGAUACGCCCGGCCAGAUGAGCACGCCGCAGGCGGAGCGCGGCGUGCUCGAGCAGGUGGUGCCUGAAGACGACCCCAAGAAGCGCAUGGAGUGGCAGAAGAUGCUGCGCUCCGUGCUGGAGAGCGAGGUGCUAUCGUCCGAGACGAAGCGCAUCACUGCGGCGGAUGCGGCGAUACGCUCGCCGGCCGAGCAGAUGCACCGCCUGUGGCUAAGCCUGCAUGCGAUCCAGGCGGGCCAUGCGCAUGGGCGCGACGACCCCGAGGCCGAGGAGCACCUGCUGCAGAAGGAGCGCGAGGUGGCUGUGCCCGCGCUCAUGCAGGCCGUGGAGGAGUUUGCCGUCGCGCCCGACGAGGACGCGGACGCUGUGUUUGCGCGCGUCGGCCAGCUGAUCGACGACGUGCAGCAGGCCAAGCGCCUCUUUCCCUCGUUGCGGCAGAUGGCGGCCUUGUUCCCUGACUGGGUGCAGCCGCCGCUGCAGACUAAGCUGAACGCACUCAGUGCAUGGCACAAUGUCACGCGCGAGCUGAAGUCGCAGGCGGGUCUGCUGCGCGGCUGGUCCGGCAGCCUCACAUCGCCCGGCGGCGCACUGCGUCCUGCACUGGAGGCCCUGCUCCCGGGCGACGCGGACCGCGACCGCACUGUGGUGCAGCGCCUUUCGCUCGAAGGGAACGUGCAGCAGACAUUCGAGCAGCGCACGCUGCGUCGGCUCCGCAUGCUUGUGGAAAAGACGCACGAGACGCUGCGGACGCACCACGCGCUGCUCGAGAAGAUUGGCCUGCCGUCGUUUGAGCCGCAUGUGCUGCCGCUCGUGCGCUUUCCCAUGUGGCUCGCUGAGGCCGCGCUGCGGCAGCGGCUGGAGUAUGCGGACAAGCUGCGCGAGCCGAGCGUGCUGCUGGUCGACUCGCUUGCGGACGAUCUGCGCGCGGCGCUCGCGCUCGCGUGCCGCAUCAAGUCGCAGUACAUGCAGCUUACGGUGCCCGAGCCGGACAUUGGCUGGAGCCUGCCGCUCAAGAGCGACGACAGCUUUGAUGCGGCCGUGUGCUCGGCACUGCAUUUCUUCUUCCGCCUCCUGCACUUCCGCCUGAAGAGUGCGCCCUUCUUCAAGGAGGUCGACGUGAUUGAGCCCGAGUGGCACUUUCUGUCGCAGGCCGUACGCGUCGUGCCCGGCGCCGACAUCAUUGUCGCACACAAGAUGGCAGGCAUGGUCAACCGCCUGUUUGCGCGCCUUAUGGCCUACUUUCAAAAGGAGCUGCAGCUUCCGGAGGCCGCGCGUGAGGCGCCGCCGCACGCCUCGCGGCAGUCGCCGCUGCCCGUGCAGGACAUGACGCGCAGUAUCCACGCGGUGUUCAACCACACGCGCAUGCGCAGUCGGCGCCUCACUGGUUUUGCGCGCCGCCUGCGCAGCACGCUCGAGUGCGCGUGCGAGUACGACUUGCGCGCGCUGCGCAGCCACCCGUCGUACGAUCUACACACGCUCCUCCAGACGCUCCUGCAGGCCGACUACUUCCUCGUAUACACAACGUCGUUUGAGGAGCGUGGUGUCUUUGUUCUCGCUGAGCCGAGCCUGCACGAUAAGCCGCAUACAAUCCAGGACCUGCUCUUCCAGUGCGUGCGCGCGAGCGGCCGCUCGAACGAAGAAGGCACGCCGCUCAUGGCCGCCGAUGUAGGCGCGACGCCCCCCUACCUGCUGCUGCUCACGCCGUGCGAGCCGUUUUUGUGGACAGGGCGUGUCAUGACGCUGACGCUCCCGUGGAUCGACGUCGACCUCAAGGAGCAGCGUCUGCGCCUCGUCGCCGAUGGCGCAGGGCCGUACCUCGAGCAGGCCAAGCGGCACCUCGCGCACCACUUUGCAGCGGGCACGCCGACGGGCGAGAUGCCGUCCGCCUUUCCCUUGCAGACCGUGUACGAUCGCAUGUCGCACCUGGGCAUGCUGCAGCACGAGCUCAAGCUCAUGUCCAAGGCAGGGUACGUGCUCACCGACCAGGUCGUGCACGCCGUCCCCGUGAUUCGGCAGCAGAUGCUGCGCCUGCGCCCACUGGCGCCGGCGGACCGUGCGGCAUGCGACGAGCUCGUCCAGAUGUGCUUCAGUAUGGCGUUUGACCAUGGCGCGCGGGGCCUCGGCUAUGUACAGAGCGUGCGCCUCAACUCGCUCCUAUCGACUGCGCUCGCGCAGCUCUCUGUCGAGUGGAUCGGCUUUGUUUGUGACGACUGUGUGCUCACCGAGCGCCGCACAUUCAAGUGGGCCGUCUCGGCGCUGGAGAACGCCAUGAACAUGACACUCGGCGAGAACAUCUUCCUGCUCAGCGAGCACGAGUUCUUCCAGCUGCGCAGCCGCGUAUCGAGCUGCAUGGCCCUGCUCAUCUCGCACUUUGAUAUCCUCGGCGCACGCAGCAAUGCCGUCAAGGAGCAGGAGCAGCGGCGCGCCCAGAUUGAGCGCGAGGGCGCGCAGAUGUACCGCGGCCCUGACGCGGCCGAGCAUGAACGACAGCUCUCGGAGCGCCGCGUCGCCGCGCUCAGCGAGUGCGACCGCGCACGCGAGGCCGUGCUGGCCGAGCGGCAAGUCAUCGGACGCGUGCUGGACGAUACGCGCAUGGAGGACCGGGGGCUGCAGCUGCUCGCGUCCAAGGGCGUGCACAUGCGCUGGCAGCAGGGCCGCUUUAUCGGCAGCGGCACGUUCGGCACUGUGUUCCUCGGCGUAAACCUCGACACAGGUGGCCUCAUGGCCGUCAAGGAGAUCCGCUUCCAGGAGCUGACCAGCUCGCCGAGCCUCUACAAGCAGAUCCACGACGAAAUGCACGUGAUGGAAAUGCUGCGCCACCCCAACAUUGUCGAGUACUACGGCAUCGAGGUGCACCGCGAGAAGGUGUACAUAUUUGAGGAGUACUGCCAGGGCGGCAGCCUCGCGCAGCUGCUCGAGCAUGGGCGCAUCGAGGACGAGAUUGUGCUGCAGGUCUACACGCUCCAGAUGCUCGACGGCCUCAUGUACCUGCACUCGAAGGGCGUCGUGCACCGCGAUAUCAAGCCCGAGAACAUCCUGCUCGACCAUAUGGGCGUCAUCAAGUUCGUCGACUUUGGCGCGGCCAAGGUCCUCUCGAAGAACUCGCGCACACUCAACGCGUCGCGCCGGGGGCCGCACGCGCCAUCGGGCGAGCAGCUGCAGAGCCUCCAGGGCACGCCGAUGUACAUGAGCCCCGAGGUCGUGCGUGGCGAGCACAACGGCCGCGAAGGCGCGAUGGAUAUCUGGAGCUUGGGAUGUGUUGUCCUCGAGUGCGUCAAGGGCCAGCGCCCAUGGGCCCAGCUCGACAACGAGUGGGCCAUCAUGUUCCACAUCGGCAUGGCACAGCAGCACCCCGCCCUCCCCGACGAGAGCCAGCUCAGUGCACUCGGUAUCGACUUUUUGCGGCAGUGCCUCACGAUCGAUCCCUUUCUCCGCCCCACGGCCGUGGAGCUGCGCCAGCACGAGUGGAUCCGCGGCCUCGUCGAGGAGCUGCACGUGGAAGCCGAAGCGGAGGAGGCCGAGGCCCUCGCUGCAGCGCGAGAAGAAGAGGAGCGCGAGCCCGUCACGCCGGCCCCGCCCGAGCCAGGGCACCCCAGCCACCGCCAUCCCGGCUACGAGGCCCUGGUGGCCGAUGUGCAGUACCGCCGCGAGGGCCAGCAGAUCAAGGCCAUGCUCGCGCCCGACUAG